GUUCGCGGUGCAUUCGCAAGGCUGAAGAUCCUGGUGUCAACGCGCGGGAUUUGCCUGUGCCCAUUGCAGACCCUACUGUGAACUGACUGCUGUGAUUAUGAGUGUUCAUUAGGAUCAACUUGUCAGAGAAAGUCCUGAGUGGCUGCAGGACAGGCUUGCAAAACAGAAAUGUCGCAAAUGUAUCGAUCCUCAACAGAGUGAAGGGGCACACGUGAAGGGCGGUAAUGCAAUACGGCCGGCAUCAUGGCGGCAAUGCAACAAAGGCGGCGGCAUUGCAGCAGUGCAGUAGCAGCAGCCGGCUCAAGUUACAAUGUGAGUUCAUCUAGCCAGGCAGUGGUCCUGACCACGACAUUCACGACUUGUCUUGCGCCCCAUCGAAACAGCCCUCCAUAUCCGUGAGAUCUUGUCCUUCUUCUCAAUCCAUUCAUACCCCUGUCAGCUCGAUACCUACGAACGAGCCUCUGACGCUACGCCAAUCCAAGAUGCCGAAGAUCAAAACAAGUCGGGGGAAGCCGAAAGCGAAGCCCUACACAAAGCACCUCAACGAACAGCAGCACAACAAGACGAUCGUUACAAAGAAAGAUGCCCCCCGACAAUCGUCCCGCUUCCUUGAAUUGCCUGUUGAGAUCAGAAUGCAAAUCUACGAUCUCUUUUGCACAGUGCCAUCGAAAAAAGGCCAAUCGAUCCCACCUGAGCGCUCUUCGGUCAUGAAGGCUCGAGGAAACCUAUUGCUCACUUGUCGCCAAAUUCAUCAAGAGUUUGCCCCCGAUUUCUACCGUUCCGUAGAUAUCAAGAUCCACAAUUGGUGGGCGUUGGGCGGUGGACUCGGACCCGGUAAAGCGGGAUCGUUGUCGCAGGCCAUUGGGGGGUUCGAAAGACUCUUCUUGAAAACGCUUGCGAUCCACAAGCUCCAGUCCAUUCGCCGAUUGGAAUUGGACGUAUCAGUUGGGCCCGAGUUGCUAUUCUUGAGUACGAGUGCAUCUGCUGCCCAUCGGAGCACCCGGAGGCUUACAGAUGUCCUUUCCAAGCAUAUACACAACCUCAAAUCAUUGUGUGAGGUCUCAAUGUUCGAGACGGUGCCACAGGAAAAAAAUACGGGAGAUUGGUUACUACCGAUCCUCAAAUCAGAUCUUCAGACCAGAAACGAGGAUUUCUGGGAUUCCUACCCGGGGACACUGGAAUGGGACAUUAUGGCUGCUCGACCCGUUCAAGCCAAGCCUUUGCGGACGAACUUGGUUGUUACUAUCUUGUCAAUCGUGUGGGAAUCACCUUUCGCAAAUCUGAGAGCACUGAACUACCACUACCGGCACCUACGGUAGUCCGAAAAUUGAACAUCGAGUGGGACACACCGUGAUGUCCGAGAAACGAAGCGGGCAGAAGGUUUCGAAAGUCUGUUGCGCCAGCUGUCUUGCAGAGGAGCGAAUGGGAGAGUGAUCGCUCGGAGGGUGGCUGGUUUCCAGAGCGUUGGUGGAUUCACAAGGUUGAGAUGGGAGAGGCUGUCGUCGAAGCAGCAAUUAGUACGCACUGCAUUGAACAAGAGUCCAUCUUACCACACAAGUUGUCCUCGCUGCUGUUUGUCGUCGAACGGCACCCUAUGGUGCCAAAGGACACGAUUUAACCAUGAACCCGUACCUAGUACUCAAUGGUUUCAACCUCGAAAUCAGAUACCUUACCCACCAAAGGCUGUUCAGCAGGAUUGUCCGAUGCCACCUGGGUUUGCUCUACUGAACAACUGGGUACUGCGGUGAGACACCGGCACGGGGUGCAUCU